UGACUGCAGUCUUAAAUAAAAUCUCACACAAAAAAAAGCCACAGGUGUGUUCAUGUCAAUUAUUCAAUCAAGACACACAGCUGCCCUGAAUUGCUCCCCCUGUUUCUGUCCUCUCUGUCCAGCAUUGGUGAAAUUAUCUUUUUGUUGUACCUUCUUAUUAAUUGAAUGUCUUCAAAAUGAGCAUCAUUCAUCUGUGUUGUAAUGAGUUGGCUGCUUGCAUCACUGUGCGGAGGUGACGUGCGGCGUCUGGGAGCUGUCCCAGGAAUCAUGGUGCUGAAGCUGCAGCACCAAAUCAGCAGCCAAUGAUCACAGGAGAAUCCGGGGCUACGGAUGCUUUCACCCAGAGUAGGACAGUCCGACAAUGGUGUUGGAUUUAAACAGAGGGAUUUAAACCCAUCGGCUUGUUCCUCGGACAUGGAAAUGCGAUAAUUGGGGAUGUAAGCUUCACGCACACUUGCCAGCGACCUGCAGUCUGGCAGGAGAUCCAUCAAAAAAAACAAAACUGAAACUGUGAGUCGUAGGCUAUAGAAAUCGGGAUAGCUCGCCAGCGGUUUCAAUUAUUGAACUUAAUGGCUUCAGACACUUGUUUGCAUCGAUGGGAUUUAUUUGCAUUUUGGAUUUACAUUCUUGUGGUAAGACAAUGAAAGACUUUCAAUUAGAAUAUAUCAACAAAGAAAACUAAAAGACUGCUUUAUCCCUGCUUAAUCCCAACAAACGCUGGAAAACGCGCCCCCCCCCCCCCCCCCACACACACUAUCCCUGCACGACAUAUGAAGAAGUGGCUCAUGACGGUGACACACACAGUACAUGCUGUUUUCCUCCACCACCUUUGCAUGGUGCUGUGAGUUUGUGGCCGGAUACAGCCUGAUGCUACGCAGCCAGGGCAUGCUGAAGAGCCGCUGUUGCGUCCUGCUCGGUGACCUGAGGGUGCUCCUUCUCGGGCCACCGACACCGCUACCUUCGCUGACCCCCAUGAGCGUCCAAGGUACGGAAAGCCAUGAAACAUGCGUCCCCGUCCCCGACAACAACAACACAUUAACACGGAGCCACCAGCCUGCAGGGGACCGGGUUGCUCCGCCUGCAGCAGGAGCCACCGGUCCACCGGGCGGAGAGAGACCGGGCUGGGUUGAUGCUGCAGAGCUGUCGGUGGCCCUGCGCGGCUGCAGCAGCUCCUCUGAUGACUGCUCAAAGGGCAAACUGGAAGAGCGGUACUCCCUCACCAGCUACUCGGAAAGUGGCUUCAGGACUCCCCUGUGCAGGAUCUGCUUCCAGGGACCAGAACAAGGGGAGCUCCUGAGCCCAUGUCGGUGCAGCGGGUCAGUACGCUGCACCCACCAUCCCUGCCUCAUCAAAUGGAUCAGCGAGAGAGGUUCCUGGGCCUGUGAGCUCUGCUACUACAAAUAUCAGGUCAUUGCCAUCAGCACCAAGAACCCACUGCAGUGGCAGGCCAUCUCCUUGACGGUGAUAGAGAAAGUGCAGAUAGCAGCAGCUAUCUUGGGCUCCCUCUUCCUGAUGGCCAGUAUCUCCUGGCUGGUGUGGUCGUCUUUCAGUCCGUCAGCCCGCUGGCAGCGACAAGAUCUGCUUUUCCAGAUCUGCUACGGCAUGUAUGGCUUCAUGGAUAUCGUCUGCAUCGCAUUAAUUGUCCACGAGGGACCUUCUGUGUUUCGUAUAUUCCACCGCUGGCAGGCCGUGAACCAGCAGUGGAAAGUCCUGAACUAUAUUAAGUCUAUGGACAAUGAGGACCUGAAGAAGGCUGUGGACAGAACUGUGUCUCAGCCCAGCCCGGGCUAUCAGACCGGGGUAGGAGUGUCCACUUCCACCUCCUCGCUGAUGGUGGUAGCCUCCACAGCCGAUGGCUCGAUUUCUACAACCGCGGUGACGCCCGCAGGAGAACUGGGAACACAUGUGGAUCCCAACAGCGGCAGCACAGUGCCAGACCAACACUGUCCCUACAACAUCCUCCACCUCCUCAGCAACCUCAGGCAGCCGGAGGUCCGCAGCCAACCCAUCAAUAGCACAAGAGAGCUGGUCAUGAGAGUCACGACAGUCUGAGGCCUUAUCUCACAUGGAGGUGAAAGAUUUAUGAACCAGCUUGACAGUUGAAGAAAAAAAAAGUCUUAUCUUAACUGCACUGGACUAAUACCAUCUUCUUGUUUGUCUCAAAAUGCAUCUCUGGUCUCCUUACAUGGAUUGAAUAAAAGUCAAAGUUGUUUGAGUUUGCAGAAUUGGUUGGAAAAUGAUUGUUUUGGAUAUUUGAGGUAAAGAAUAUUUGCUAAAAUAUCUAUAGAUCUUUAUUCCUGAUCUUUGGAAACAAUAUAGGGAGAAAACAAUUUAAACUCAAAGGUCCCCUUACUGUUUAGAGUUGAUGGAGAGCUUUCAAACGCAUUUUCAUUUCUGUUCGAUGAAUAAAGAUUGUGUUGAAAACGCAAAAAGCUUAGAUUCUCUUCACCGCAAUUCUUUUUACCUGAACAUCUGUCUGUAUUACAUAACAAUGAUAACGGUAGAAAGACCUUCCUCAUAGAUUUAUUUUUACAAUAGAAAACCUUUAAAUUAUUUAAAUUGGUAUCUGGAGCCAAAUCCACAUCAAAGCAAUGGUAAUAAUUUGUGCCAAUUGGGGGGAUACGUUUUCUUCAUUUAAGUGCAGUAUUUCGUGAAAAUAUUAUGAAAAAAUACCUCAUAUGUCUGUAUGUUAAAUUAAUGAUAUGCAACUUUUAUCUAUUGUCCAGAUGAAUGGCAUACAUUGUGGUCCAGUGUCUAGCUUUAAACCGGAAGAGUAGGAAUUGCAGCUGCUGAAUGUAAACUGAGAAAAUGCAUAGAGGGGCAACAACUAAAUUGUUGUCAUUCUAAAUGACGGACAAGAUAUGGAGCAGUAAAUACAUGCAGCUC